AUGACUGCUCCAGUUCCUCCCAAACGACGCAUGCUGCAGUUUGAUGGCCACAACUACUUUAGACAGCGACUUAUUCUUGCAACCCUUAGUAGGAAAUCAAUUCGUAUUGAAAACAUUCGUUCUGAAGACGAAGAAUAUCCCGGCCUUGCAGACUAUGAAGCCAGUUUUCUUCGACUGCUCGAGAAAAUUACCAACGGCAGUAUCAUCGAAAUCAACUAUGCUGGUACUGGUGUCACAUAUCACCCUGGAACAAUUUCUGGUGGAAGGAUAACCCACGAAUGCCCACCGUCCCGAGCCAUUGGAUACUUUUUAGAGUCUAUUAUUGCAUUGGCGCCAUUUGCAAAAGAUUCUUUAGAGCUCACUCUCAUUGGCAUUACCAACGACAAUGUAGAUACUUCUGUGGAUCUUAUCCGUACGCUGUUACUUCCUCAACUCAACCGAUUUGGAAUUGAAGAUGGUGUCGAGCUCAAGAUCUCGAAAAGAGGAGCUGCUCCACUUGGAGGAGGACAAGUCACUUUUACUUGUCCAAUCGUUCGUCAGCUUAAACCUGUUCAAUUUAUUGAUCCGGGCCACAUCAAGCGCAUUCGUGGUAUUGCCUAUGCCACUCGCAUGUCCCCACAAAUGGCUAAUCGAGUUGUUGAGGCUGCUCGCGGUAUUCUCACUCGUUACAUACCUGAUGUGUACAUCUAUACAGAUGUCUAUAAAGGUCAAGAAAGUGGAAAAUCUCCUGGCUAUGCCUUGUCUCUGGUUGCAGAAAGCACCACUCAAGCACUUCAUACAACCAAUGUCUCGAAUAUGCUUGUGAACGACUAUUCGUUUCCAACACCUGAAGACUUGGGUGUCCGCGCUGCACGACUAUUACUUCAUGAAAUCAAACGGGGCGGAACAGUCGAUACGCUGAGCCAAUGGCUGAAUCUGCUAUUCAUUGCUCUUGGGCCAGAAGAUGUCGGUAAAGUACGGUUUGGUGGGCUUUCUCCUUUUACCAUUCAGUAUUUACGCGAUCUCAAAACAUUCUUUGAUGUUACAUUCAAGAUUGUUGCUGAUCCUACAUCACAUACCGUUCUUUUGACAUCUGUUGGCAUCGGAUUCACAAACGUUAAUAAAAAGGUUACUUAG